AUGUGUCGUUGGUUUGCCUACAUAUCAGCAACAGAGCCGUGUCUCCUGGAGGAUGUCCUCGUCUCGCCAAAGCACUCCCUCGUCAAGCAAGUCUCGGACCACUAUCUCCCAAAGCUCUUGCCCCAUGAGCACGAUGGCGACUCAGAGAACGAUGUCAAAGCACGCAACAUCGUCAUGAACUUCGAUGGCCUCGGCAUUGCCUGGUACACUUCCUCCAACGCCGACUUCGAGCUUGGCAAGACAGGCCAAUCAUCCGAUGGCUUGCAGAAAGAAGUACCAUCCUCCCUCGAUGCAGAAUCCUGGCAAGUCGUCCCUGCUAAACUGAAGGUGCAGGGUCUACGUCCAGCUCUCUACAAGACUAUUCAGCCUCCACGGAAUGACAGCAACUUCUUGUCGAUAUGUGCCAAUUCGGAAACCAAAGUCUUGUUCGCCCAUAUCCGUGCUUCGUCUGGGACUGCGAUAGCCAAUAUCAAUAACCAUCCUUUCGUAUUUGGACGACACGCGUUCAUGCACAACGGCUCUGCCAGUGAUUUCCAGGCCAUCAAGAGGGACGUUGUCAAUGAGCUUUCGCCAGCUACUUACAACAGAGUUUCCGGUGGCACGGACUCUGAACACAUCGCCGCCCUCUACAUGUCUUAUCUGACCAAAUUUGGCACCGCAUCAACCUUCGAGAACGAGUACCCCAUCGCCGAAAUGGCCGCAGCAAUGCACCGCGCCGUCGCCACAAUCAUGGCGAUCCAACAAAAGAACUUCGGCUCCAAGAAGAAACCCAACUCUCUCAACCUCUGUGCCACGGACGGCUCGAAGCUGAUUGCCUAUCGCUUCCGCAACCACAAGACCUCUCAAUCUCCGUCCCUCUACUACAGUACCAAGGCCGGCAUGACGCUCAACAGAAAGUACCCGGAUCAUGCCAGUGGAAUCGAGACUCCGAAUCGCUGGGCCGGCAUCCCUGAAGAGCAACAUGGUAAGCACUUGAUCAUCGCCAGCGAGCCGAGCACGUACAAGGAGGAGGAUUGGGAGGUGAUUGGAAGGAACCAGUUUCUGAUUGCGGAUGCCGACGGGGUCUUCAAGGUGGAGGAUUGUCCUUACUAUGAGGGUUGGGAUGCAGCUGAUCCGCCUCCACCACCGCCGGGAACGGUGAUGCCGUAA